GUUUUGGGUUUGCGGGGAGGGAAUUCUGGGAAGGGAGAGACAGCGUGCUAGUCGCGUGUGAAUGCAUACUAUUUUAGUCGUGUGCUAAGCCGGGAACAGUACGGUUUACGAAAGUAGAGAACAGUUAAACUUUGUUCGUGCAACAAUAAUGAGACCAGGAUUCAGUCCCAGAGGUGGUGGCAGUGGCAGAGGUGGCUUUGGUAGUCGUGGUGGUGGUGGUGGAAGAGGAGGCUUUGGAGAUCGCGGUGGGCGAGGAGGAUUCAGAGGGGGCAGAGGCGGGGGUGGCUUCAGGUCUCCUGGAGAAGGUGGCUUCAGGUCUCCUGGAGAAGGUGGCUUCCGUGGCCGUGGAGGAGGUCGCGGAACUCCCAGGGGUAGAGGAGGAAGGGGAGGUGGUCGUGGGGGCUUCAGAGGUGGGAAAAAAGUGACAGUGGAACCUCAUAGGCAUGAAGGAGUGUUUAUUUGCCGUGGUAAAGAAGAUGCACUGGUGACCAAAAAUAUGGUAAUUGGAGACUCCGUCUAUGGUGAAAAAAGAAUUAGUGUAGAGGAGGGGGAAGCAAAGACUGAGUACAGAGCAUGGAACCCAUUCCGUUCAAAAUUGGCUGCAGCCAUCUUGGGAGGAGUGGACCAAAUUCACAUAAAACCAGGAGUUAAGGUCAUGUACCUUGGAGCAGCAUCUGGGACCACAGUCUCUCAUGUCUCUGACAUUGUUGGUCCUGAAGGUCUGGUGUAUGCAGUGGAGUUCUCGCAUCGGUCUGGGCGAGAUCUGCUCAAUGUUGCCAAAAAGAGAACCAAUAUCAUUCCCAUAAUUGAGGAUGCCCGGCAUCCACACAAAUAUCGCAUGCUUGUGGGAAUGGUAGAUGUGAUCUUUGCUGAUGUGGCUCAGCCUGACCAGACAAGAAUUGUGGCUCUAAAUGCACACAACUUCCUCAAGAAUGGAGGCCACUUUGUAAUUUCUAUUAAGGCCAAUUGCAUAGACUCAACAGCUGCCCCUGAGGCAGUGUUUGCUGCAGAGGUCAAAAAAAUGAGUGCUGAGAACAUGAAGCCUCAGGAACAGCUGACACUGGAGCCCUAUGAGAGAGACCAUGCUGUUGUUGUGGGUGUGUACAGACCCCCCCCAAAACAGAAGAAAUAAGUAUGAAUGGGUGGCAGUGGUUUGCAUAGGAUGCUUUGUUCCAGUAACCUGAGGCUGACACAGUUCUCCAACAGAACUAUGGCCAAGUACUGAUUGCCUGUAAUACCUUCCAUCUCUGAGCAUGUGUUCACACAGAAAAUGAAGAUUCACUGCUUGUAUGUAGGACUUCAAAAUGCAGUGUAAUGUGGACAAGGGAACACAAUUUGAACAUGUAAAAAGCUCUCCACUUAAAACAGAUGUUUACUCUGAAAUGUAAGAAUAAUGUUCAAAUAUCCCCCCCCCCCCCCCCAUUAUGUGUUAUGGAUUAUGAAGCAUAUUUUGUCUCGCUAUUCAGUUAUAUUUUCUUAAGUUUAAAUUUAUGUUGCUGACCCCUGUAAUGGAUUUAAAAGGCGGUUUUGGAUUCGCCAGAAUUUGGAAGAGUACCAGAUGUUUUAGCUAUAUGUGGUGUGAUAUUACAUUGGCAAUGGUCUGGGAAAGAAUUUUUUUUGAGUCUCUGUGGUCCUUUGCUAAUGAAGAAUCUUUUCACUUCCUUAGUGUUAAAAUGGCCUGGAGUAGGGUAACAUUGGACCUGCUUAUUCAGCCUUUCAAUGUAGGUUUAAUCCAGAAAUUAUAUAAUUUUGUCACCUCCCCUUUUAAAUCGAAUUUUAAUACUAUGACAGUGCCCAUUGUUUGCUGUAUGCAGUUCAACAGUUUUUUUGCACAAAAUUCACAGGCCAUUCUGCAGUUUGUGGCUCAUUUACAUGAUUUUUUAAAAAUGUGGGUAAGGAAAUAUAAUAAACAUUCUUGGAAAACAA